AGAGAGAGAGAGAGAGGACUAAUACCUAUACUUCAUUAGUUGGUAUGGCUGCCAUUGUGGACAUAUCAAGUGGACUCACAAGGCAGACUCUCCCUAUCCUCCCUGUGCUGUGUGCCUGUGUGUUCUUCUAUAAUUUUAGCUUCUGAUUUCUCAUUUAAUUCCAGAAAGCUAACAAGCGAGCACCGCCAUUGAAGAAGUUGAAGAGGGAGCGAUGAGAACAAAUCAAUUUUGACAAUGUCUGUUUCAGUUCUCUUCUCUCUCUGAGAAGGAAGGAAGGAAGCAGGAGAAGAGAGAGAAGGGGAUAUGAUGAAGAGUCUAAAGAAUUAUCUGCAUCUGAGGCAACCACCAAGCAUGGAGAGGAAAUGGAUCUUUCCCUUGGCUAUAGGUUCCUUGGUCUCCCUUUUCCUUCUCUUUCUAACAACCCUUAUCUCCCCAGACGGCAAUUUUCUCUUUCCUCUCUACCGGUCCGCUACUUCCUCCGGUGCCGUCUAUGUGGAGUCGAAGCUUCGCCCUCUCUCUGUUUCUUCCCUCCCUCCGCCUCCUCGCCUUGCCUACCUUAUCUCCGGCUCCGCCGGCGAUGGUGAGAUGCUUAAGCGGACCCUGCUUGCCCUCUACCAUCCUCUCAAUCGCUACGUUGUACAUCUAGACCUCGAAUCCUCUCCUAAGGAACGAAGCGAUCUCUUCGAGUUCGUGAGGACACAUCGGGUCUUUGCUUCGGUGGGUAAUGUCAGAAUGAUCACCAAGGCCAAUCUUAUCACCUACAGGGGACCCACCAUGGUCGCCAACACGCUUCACGCCGCUGCCAUCUUGUUGAAGGAGGGUGGAGAGUGGGACUGGUUCAUCAAUCUCAGUGCCUCCGAUUAUCCCCUUGUUACUCAAGACGAUCUGUUGCACACGUUCUCGUAUAUGCCCCGAGAUCUCAAUUUCAUCGAUCAUACCAGCGAUAUUGGGUGGAAGGAGUUUCAGCGGGCAAAACCGAUUAUUAUAGAUCCUGGGUUGUAUAUGACCAAGAAAUCUGAUGUUUUCUGGAUUACCCAGAGGCGAAGCAUUCCCACUGCCUUCAAACUCUUCACAGGUUCUGCCUGGAUGGUGCUCUCUCGCCCUUUCAUUGACUACUGCAUUUGGGGUUGGGACAACCUUCCUCGUACUGUUCUGAUGUACUAUUCAAAUUUUAUUUCCUCCCCCGAAGGCUAUUUCCAUACUGUCAUCUGUAAUGCUCAGGAGUUCCGAAAUACUACUGUCAACAGUGACCUGCAUUUCAUAUCAUGGGAUAAUCCCCCCAAGCAACACCCCCACCACCUCGUCCUCAAUGAUAUGACGAGAAUGGUUGACAGCAAUGCUCCAUUUGCGAGGAAGUUCCUUAGAGAUGACCCAGUACUGGACAAGAUAGAUGCUGAGCUUUUGUUCCGAGGGCCUGGCAUGGCUGUUCCAGGUGGGUGGUGCACUGGGAGCAGGGAAAACGGUACAGACCCAUGCUUAGUGGUGGGUAAUACCACAGUCCUUAGGCCAGGUCCUGGUGCAAAAAGGCUUGAAAAUCUAAUCGUUUCUCUCUUAUCUAAUGCUAAUUUUCGCCCAAGGCAGUGCAAGUGAUAAAAGGGGUGUUUAAGCAGAUCGUGGGGCAGCUUCUAGUGCCACACAAACUAGCUGCAUCUGAGAGAUGUAACCUACCACGAGCAGGUAAGAGUAUUAGGCUCUUCGAUUGGCAGAAAUGGGUUGGAUUUGGUGGAAGCAGGAAGGAGUGUAAAGCCAUAAUUAUCAAUAGCUUAUACAAUACACGGUCAACUGUAAACUCCUUCAUGCCAUACUGGUUUGAUCUUUUAUAUAUAGCUCUUUGUUCCACAGGGAAA